GGAGGGACCGGCGGCUCCGCCCGAGCGCGGCCGCCCAGCCCCCGGCCGCCCAGCCCCCGCCCUCCCGCCCGCCUGCGCCUGGCGGCGGCCCAGACACCGGCAGAGCAGCCGCGCAGCCGGCGGAAUGGAGCGGCGCCGGGGCUGAGCCGGGCGCACUCGGGCCGCCGCAUGUGCCGCGCGGGGAGCAGCUGCCGAGCGGGCGGAGAGCGAACGCCAGGGGCCCCGUCGGAGCGGCCGCAGGAGCAGCGCCGGAGAUGGGAGAACAGCCCAUCUUCACCACGCGAGCGCACGUCUUCCAGAUUGACCCCAGCACCAAGAAGAACUGGGUGCCUGCAAGCAAGCAGGCCGUCACCGUGUCUUACUUCUAUGAUGUCACCAGGAACAGCUACCGGAUCAUCAGUGUGGAUGGAGCGAAGGUGAUCAUAAACAGUACCAUCACCCCAAACAUGACUUUCACCAAAACAUCACAGAAGUUCGGGCAGUGGGCCGACAGCAGAGCCAACACCGUGUUCGGCUUGGGAUUCUCCUCGGAGCAGCAGCUCACGAAGUUUGCAGAGAAAUUCCAGGAGGUAAGAGAAGCUGCCAGGCUAGCCAGAGACAAGUCCCAGGAGAAGAUCGAGACCUCAAGUAAUCAUUCCCAAGAAUCUGGGUGUGAAACCCCAUCUUCCACUCAGGCAUCCAGCGUCAAUGGGACGGACGACGAAAAGGCCUCCCACACGAGUCCAGCCGACACUCACCUCAAGUCUGAGAAUGACAAGCUGAAGAUCGCUUUGACACAGAGUGCUGCCAAUGUGAAGAAGUGGGAGAUGGAACUGCAGACCCUGCGGGAGAGCAACGCCCGGCUGACCACGGCGCUGCAGGAGUCGGCGGCCAGUGUAGAGCAGUGGAAGCGACAGUUCUCCAUCUGCCGAGAUGAGAAUGACAGGCUCCGCAGCAAGAUUGAGGAGCUGGAAGAACAGUGCGGUGAGAUAAACAGGGAGAAGGAGAAGAACACCCAGCUGAAGAGAAGGAUCGAGGAGCUGGAGUCAGAGGUCCGAGAGAAGGAGAUGGAGUUGAAGGAUCUCCGAAAACAAAGUGAAAUCAUACCUCAGCUCAUGUCCGAGUGUGAAUAUGUCUCUGAGAAGUUAGAGGCGGCAGAAAGAGACAAUCAAAACUUGGAAGACAAAGUGCGGUCUCUAAAGACAGACAUCGAGGAGAGUAAAUACCGGCAGCGCCACCUGAAGGGGGAGUUGAAGAACUUCCUCGAGGUGCUGGAUGGAAAGAUCGACGACCUCCAUGACUUCCGCCGGGGACUCUCCAAGUUAGGCACAGAUAACUAGGGCGGGGCGGAGCCUAGACGGCGAGCCGAUCGCCAGUGUGUGUGAGAGGUGAAGUAGGCGUAGGACAUUCUCCAUUUGCUUCUGUAAAUGCAGGUGCGUUUCUGUCUCCAGACCAGUUGUGCCGUCCACUCACUCCUCCAGAAUAGGAAAUCUCUUGCUUCUCUGGCUUUGUGAGGUCGUGGACAACUGGAAGCUUCUGACUCAGGAAUCCAGAACUUGGUCUACCUUAGCCGUUUACGCAGUCAGGGCCGGGAUGUUUAGAUCUUCCCUUAAGGGCUGUUGCAACCCUAUGAACUGGGGAUGGGGGCGGGGAAGUAUUUUCUAAUCCAAGUUUCAUUAUCCUUUACAACAGGCCUUUGGGGGCCUUCGGCUAUGCACACUCAGUGUGUGUAACUCCCCAGCAGAUUCAGUAUGACGGGCACAUGGAGGGAGCAUCUUUUCCCAGUAUGCAUUUUGUUGCUUUAGCAGAUGUAGCUAACCUUUUGAAGUUGUGAUAUGACAUCGUCAUCCACAGAGUUCACACUCAAAACCUGCACAAUUGACUUACCCCAAAAGAAAUAAUUGUCCAAAAAAAAAAAAAACACCUUAGUGUUUUAAGUAAAUAUACAAUUUUGGGUUGGAGCAC